GCUGUCAUACAGGCAGUGAUGAAAAACAUAUGAGUGGUAACAAGUCGUCUUAAUAUCGUUCUUCAGUACAAAGAUGGGCUAAUCUGAAGCAGCAGUUUACUCGGGUGUCACCCAGGGUGCCAGGAGGAUCAAGAAGUUUGGAAGUGGAAUUUUUCUUUAUACCUACUUUCCACUUCACAGCAUUCAGCCUAAAUUCCUUUCUCUCUCUGUUUUAAAAAUGAAAUAACUGGACAAAAAGAUCUCAGGUGGAUUAUCACAGUGCUUCUGGAAGAACUAUCAAACUUGCAAGGUUGACCAUCCUGAUUAAGAAGACAUGAAAGAGUACACACUUCUUCUCUUCUUGGCACUGUGCUCUGCUAAAUCUCUCACUGGUCCUUCAUAUUUUACACUAAAGAAUAUGAUGCUUCAAGACAUGGAAGAAGAGGAAGAAGAUGACGAUGAUGACAAUUCUCUGUUUCCAACCACUGAACCAAUUAUACCACUGAUUCCUUUUGAUCUAUUCCCAACAUGCCCAUUUGGAUGCCAGUGCUACGUGAGAGUUGUCCAUUGCUCUGAUCUAGGUUUGACAUCAAUACCUCGCAACAUUCCAUCGGAUACGCGUAUGAUCGACCUUCAGAACAACAAAAUUAAAGAGGUCAAGGAAAAUGAUCUCCAAGGACUUGUAUCACUUUACGCACUGGCUUUGAACAACAAUAAAAUAUCCAAGAUCCAUCCAAAAGCCUUUCGACCAACAAAGAAGUUGCGACGACUGUAUUUAUCUCAUAACCAGCUAACUGAGAUCCCAACAAAUCUACCAACAACUUUAGCAGAGCUCAGGAUUCGCUAUAAGGUUAAGAAAAUUCACAAGGAUGCAUUUAAAGGAAUGAAGUCUUUACAUGUGCUAGAAAUGAGUGCAAAUCCUCUUAACAAUGACGGAAUAGAGCCAGGGGCUUUUGAAGGAGAUAUCUACCACAUAAGAAUUGCAGAAGCUAAAUUAACUUCAAUUCCUAAAGGUAUUACCUUCAAGCCUCUAGAACUGCAUUUAGAUGACAAUAAGAUCACAGCAGUUGAAGUUGAAGACUUAACCCGGUAUAAAGACCUUCAAAGGCUAGGCCUUGGGAAGAAUAAAAUCAAAGAUGUGGAAAAUGGAAGUUUUGCCAACAUACCAAGUGUCCGUGAAAUCCAUCUUGAAAGAAAUAAGCUCAAGAAAGUUCCUCCUGGAUUACCUGAUCUGAAGUAUCUGCAGGUUGUCUUUCUUCAUUCUAAUCACAUUGCAAAACUGGGAGUGAAUGAUUUCUGUCCAACAGGAAGAAGAAAGAAGAAAGCAUUAUAUAGUGGCAUAAGCCUCUUCAACAAUCCUGUAAAGUACUGGGAGGUUCAGCCUUCAACUUUCCGUUGCAUUUUAGGCAGAAACAGUGUGCAACUUGGAAAUUUUCUGAAGUGAUACUAAAGUUGGGCAUUUCAAAAAGUAACCUGUCAAAAUCAGUUCUACAUUACUUGAAAUUUGCUGAAAAAUGUCAAUUUUACAGUAUUUAAUCAGUUUACAAAGUAUUUACUAUUUCAGAGAGAAUUAAUUAGAAACAAUAUUUUAGUAGGAUCCAUUGUCUUCUUUGACAAUGUUCAAGCGAAUUUGAAUAAUUUAAGCAAAAAUUUUUAUAUCUCAUGGAAGGAGUCUUGGAAGUGGAACUGGAAACUGUAUUUGGUGUUUCCUGUAAUUGAUGUUAAAUAUUUUACUUUAGUAACAUUGUUUUGACAUAUUCUUUCUUUAAAAUAAAUUCUAAAAAUCAAGUGGAAACAACUUUUUCCACAGUAAGGACCUUUUCCUCUGCUAGAAAGUAUUGAAAGAAAAGCUGCAAAAAUCUGUGAAAGACAACUUAUUUUGCCAUUUCUGAUAAUCAGUACACAGGCAAAUAUGCAAUAAGAAGGUACAGUAUUGUGAGGUCUUUUGUUUCUAAACUAGAACAUGUUUUAAUUUGUGAGAUAAAAGUGGUUUUCAUAUCCAGAACUACCACAUGAAAACACUUAAAAGUUUUUGGUAUUUAUUCCUGCAACUUUAAUAGGGAAAUGUCCAAUGUUUUGCUAUCAGUAUAAUUUGAUGCACUCUGAACAUUAAAAAGUAGGAUUCAAGACUUAUCAUAUGCUUUAAGCUUAAUAGGAAUGUUUAUUAAACUCUCUUUAGGCCAGCACAAAUAUUUUCUUGUAUCUAUAAUAAUUGUAAUCAUGAUUUUCAUUUAUUUUUUUCUUCCUUUAUAUUUUGACCUCACACGGGUUAAGAAUCCCUUGUUAACGUUAGUAACUAUCCUAAAAUUGCUCAAUGCAAGCACAUAGCUGGAACUCAACUGCCCUGACUUCUUACGUAGGUCAGCACACAGAAUUCUCAAUACUGACAGUACUGUAUAAAAUGGAUAUUUUAUAUAUCUAUUUAGUGUAUAUUUGCUAUUGGGAUUCAAAAUAAAUUAAACAAAUUUAAA